AUGGAUCAAAGCACAAGUCCCCCUAUGCAUCUCUGCCAUGUCAACAAGCUCACAAUCUUCAUUAACCGAACGUAUACACUCAUACACUCCGUCGCUUUAUCAUUCUUGCUUUACUAUAGAGCCUCUUUCUUCUUCCAUGAAACCAGAACACCCAUCUUACCAUGGCUGAUUGUCUUUGUGGCCGAGCUCGUCCUUUCAUUCCAAUGGCUUCUUAGCCAGGCAUUUUAUUGGAGACCAGUCACUCGUACUGUGUUUCCUGAGAGGUUGCCGGAAGAUGACAAACUUCCUGCAGUCGACGUGUUCGUUUGCACCGCUGAUCCGGAGAAGGAGCCAACCGUGGAGGUGAUGAACACUGUAAUAUCAGCCAUGGCUCUGGACUAUCCACCCGAGAAGCUUCACGUGUAUUUAUCAGAUGAUGGCGGUGCUGAUGUGACUCUGAAUGGAAUGAGAGAGGCUUGGAUAUUUGCAAAGCGGUGGAUUCCAUUUUGUAAGCGGUAUAAGAUCAAGUGUAGGUCUCCUAAAGCCUACUUCUCAUCAGCAGAGGAUGAGAGCGAAGAUGGUGAUUUGGCGGGUACUGAUUUCAUGCGAGAGAGACAAAUUGUACAGGAAAAAUAUGAGGUCUUUAAGGAAAGAGUGAGACAGUUUGCAAAGCAUUGUGACACUGAGAGCAGUAAGCGCCGAAAUCAUUCUGCAGUGAUUGAGGUGAUACGAGAAAAUACUAGUAAUCAUGUAUUCGAAGAAAAUGAAGCAGAAAAGAUGCCUCUCCUUGUCUACGUUUCUCGGGAGAAAAGACAUUCUCAUGCCCAUCAUUUCAAAGCUGGAGCUCUCAAUGUUCUUCUUCGGGUCUCCGGUGUGAUCAGUAAUUCCCCCUUCAUAUUAGGCCUUGAUUGUGACAUGUAUUGCAAUGAUCCUAGUUCAGCGCGUCAAGCAAUGUGUUUCCACCUCGAUCCCAAGCUCUCGACCUCGCUAGCAGUAGUUCAAUUCCCUCAGAAAUUUCACAACAUCAGUAAGAAUGACAUCUACGACAGUCAGUUGAGAUCGGCGUUUUCGGUGCUAUGGCAAGGUUUUGAUGGACUUCGAGGGCCAUGCGUGUCCGGUACUGGCUAUUAUACGAAGAGGUUGCCUUUGUUUGCAAGAUCCCUAAAAAAUGAUCAAAAAGAUCUUAUGGAAUUUAGACAGUCUAUUGGUCCAUCAAAUGAAUUCUUAAAAUCCCUGCUUGGAGACUACAAGCCUGAUAUGAAAAUGGCAGUCCUAGCUGAGACCCAAAAACUAGCGUCUUGUACCUAUGAAGAUGGCACAAAAUGGGGUGAAGAGGCUGGUUUCUUAUACGCGUCUGUGGCGGAAGAUUACUUAACAGGGUUCGCUAGCUUGCACUGUAAGGGUUGGAAUUCCGUGUAUUGCAAUCCACCCAGGCCUCAGUUUUUGGGCAGUGGCACUACUAAUUUGAAUGACUUUUUGGUUCAAGGGACAAGAUGGGGUUCUGGGUUGGUUGAUGUUGCCAUCUCCAAAUACUGCCCUCUUAUAUAUGGCCUGUUUAAAAUGCCUUUCCUUGAAUGUAUGUGUUAUGCGUGGCUGGCAAUUUUCCCUAUUUGCUAUUUUAUCUCGCUCUGGUGCCUUGGAACUAUACCUCAGCUUUGCCUACUUAACGGAAUUUCCCUGUACCCUGAGGUCUCAAGUUCGUACUUCUGGAUAUAUUCAUUUGUAUUCGUCUCAUAUGUUUUGAGGCAUUUAUCAGAGGUUCUCACAACAGGACUACCAUUACGACACUGGAUUUACGAGCAAAGAAUAUGGAUGAUGAAAUCAGUUACAUCUCACUUCUACGGUAGUCUUGAUGCUGUAAUGAAGAAAUUUGGUUUGAGGGAAGCUAGUUUCUUCCCAACAAAUAAAGUUGACGACUUGGAGCAACUCAAGCGCUACAAUGAGGGAGUAUUUGAUUUCCGAACCUCAAUCAUCUUUCUUGUUCCGUUGGCUUCCCUGGUUAUCUUGAGCAUGGCUUCCUUCUGUGCGGGCAUUGCCAGAGUGAUCUUUCUGGGGGAGUUGGAGAAGUUGUUUAUACAAGUCUUCAUUCCAUUUUAUGCAGUGGUGGUCAAUUAUCCUAUCAUUGAAGGAAUGCUAAUACGGAAAGAUAAUGGUCGCAUUCCAGCAUCAGUCACCGUACUGUCAGCUAUAGUUUGCAUCAUUUUCUACGUUUUGGGUUCAUUUAUCUUCAUGUAGCAAGGUUUACUUAACCUUCUCCGUUGUUUCUUUAGAGUCAAUUAAUAUAUAAUGUUUACUUUCUAGCAAAACUAGAG